AGGCUUACGUAAAGGCUUACGCAAUAGCGCUGCUGCACGCAGCUCCUGCAGCUUCAUGUAGUUAGUUACAGUGCUGGGAGCUUUAUGGUCUUAAAGGAGUCAGAGAUACAGAUCAGGAGCUGAACUCAUCCUCUGCCAUGUCACCUUUGAAGACUGAGAAUCCAGGUGAGGUCCCACCUGUUGACAAUGGCAGUGCGAAGGAAUGCAUCACCACAGGACUGAAAGGACUGGAAACAAUAGCUCCUCUUGUCCGCUCCGUAGAAGCAACUCCAGAGCCGAUCACUACCACGGUACAAGGCACCAUUCCCUCCUGGAUCAAUGGCAACUUCCUCCGCAAUGGCCCAGGGAAGUUUGAGUUUGGAAACACACACUACAACCACUGGUUUGAUGGGAUGGCCAUGCUACACCAGUUCAAGAUAGAGAACGGCCAGGUGACGUACAGGAGUCGGUUCCUGGACAGUGAUGCCUACAAGAAGAACAGUGAAAGGGACCGCAUCAUGAUGUCAGAAUUUGGCACCCUGGCCAUGCCUGAUCCCUGCAAAAACUUCUUCCAGCGUUUCCUUUCUCGCUUCGAGAUGAUCGAACCCACAGACAAUGCCAGUGUGAGCUUUGUGAAAUACAAAGGUGACUACUAUGUCAGCACGGAGACUAAUUUCAUGCACAAAGUGAACCCAGAGAGCCUAGAAACUAUGGAAAAGGUGGACUGGAGUAAGUUCAUUGCCGUAAAUGGAGCCACCGCUCACCCACACUACGACCCAGAUGGUACCGCAUAUAACAUGGGCAACUCGUAUGGGAGCAAAGGUGCCCUCUACAACAUCAUUAGAGUACCUCCAGAGAAGACUGACACCAAAGACACACUGCAAGGAGCCAAAGUCCUCUGUUCUAUUGUGCCUGCAAACAAGUCUCAUCCCUCGUACUACCACAGCUUCGCCAUGUCUGAGAACUAUGUGGUGUUCAUCGAGCAGCCGAUUAAGAUGGACCUGCUGAAGAUAGUCACGUGCAAGCUGAGGGGGAAGGCUCUGAGCGAAGGAAUCUACUGGGAUCCCAAACAGGAGACGAUUUUCCAUCUCGUCAACAAGCAUACAGGCGAGGUCAGCCCAGCGAAGUACCACACCAAAGCCAUCUCCACCUUCCAUCAGAUCAACGCCUUUGAGGAGGAUGGAUUCUUGAUGCUUGAUAUGUGCUGCUCGGACGACGGUCAAGCCAUCAACAACUACCUCAUCCAGAACCUACGAGCAUCUGGGGACGCUCUGGAUGAGGUGUACAACACCUUGUGUCGGACUUUCCCUCGCCGCUUUGUCCUGCCCCUACACGUGACCAACGAAACCCCAACAGGAGAGAACCUGAACACUCGACCCUCCAGUACAGCAUCAUGUGUCAAAGUCAGCAAUGAUAAGGUGUUCUGUCAGCAUGAGGAUCUUCAUGGAGAUGACCUCCACGAGUACGGAGGCCUGGAGUUCCCUCAGAUCAACUAUGGCCGUUCCAACACGCGUCCGUACCGUUACUUCUAUGGCUGCGGCUUCAGACACCUGGUUGGAGACUCUCUGCUCAAAAUGGACCUCAAGGACAAGACGCUCAAGGUCUGGUACCAGAAGGGUUUCUACCCAUCAGAGCCAGUGUUUGUGCCAUCCCCUGAUGCCGUGGAGGAGGACGACGGUGUCAUCCUCUCUGUGGUUCUAACCCCCUCCCAGGAUAAAGGGACAUUCCUCCUGGUUUUAGAUGGUAAGACAUUCGAAGAGCUGGGGAAAGCCUAUGUGCCUGUUAACAUGGCUUAUGGUUUCCAUGGUACCUUCAAUGCCUCUGCGUGAACCAGUUUCUGCCAAAACUAAAGUGUUUGUGAUACUGAAGACUGAGCAUUGAGUAUGAAGAAUGCUAAAUUCAGUGUUAAGCUUCUAACCACUAUAUUCCUGAUGGUACUGAGUUACUGCUGAGUAAUGUAGCAAUUCUCAAAUGUAUUCAUAUUAUUCUUAUUAAUUACAUUUUGUUUGCAUGAACUUCAAACUGACACCUGAACUCGCCUGAGCCAGGAGACAACUCCUUACGUUAUAUACUGUUGUUUACAUCAAACAUGUAAUCUUCUGACUGCAGAAUGUUUCAUCUGCCAAGUCACCCAAGUGCCAAACUGACUUUUUUUUUAAACACACUCUGUCGUAUUCUUUUUUUUUUUUUUUAAUCUUUUGCACUCAAACAAUAUUUUUUCUACAGAUGAAAUGACAUUUAUAUGUGACCUUUUUCAUUAAAUUGCACCUCUGUGGAAAAAGC